AAUACAAGCGAAUAAAUUUAAAAGUUAUUUCAAAUUGUACAAGCAUUAGACGAAGACAUUGUUACCGAAUACGAGGGUAUAUAUUUUUGCAAUAUUUGACAAAGAUGGCGGUAGACUUACAAAACAGAGACACGUACGCGAUAAAUUCCCACCUACAGGUAAAUUUUGAAGAUGUGCUGGCCGAGCCGGAGGGGACUCGUAGUUGUGACUGCGUAUGGGAAACUAGCUUCUGGUGUUUCACUAACAGCAAAAACUGCUGCUAUAUGUUAAUGACAGGAAUCUGCGGCAUCUGUAUCGCACUGUUCUGGGGAUGUGAGUUCGCCGCUAUCACGUUUGAACAGGUAUGGUGCGUAACGCCGUUUCUACGAGUGUUCUCCAUUCACAUGGCCUGCUGCCAGAAGUUCUUCGGUACCGCUGUCCAGUGCUGCAUGGCUCCCAUAUGUGAGACAUUUGGAUUAUUUUUCAGUAGAAUUAUCAUAGACCAUCAAAAUAAACGUUCAUGAGGUUCAAAACAUGAGGAUUCGCAUCAGAAGAUUAAUUUCAGAAAAGAAUCUGUUUUCAUUUUUAGGACAUACAAUGAACAGAAAAAAACAUAGGUAUAGGUGAUAUCUAAUAUGGAUAAACUGCUGUGUGUUACAUUUAGUUCUCUGAAGCAAAGUCUUCCUGUAAGUGUCCGGUAUUCGGCAUCAAAUUCGUCCUCAUGCACAUGAAAUAAUACGUUAUAUCACAUAGAAACGAUUGGACUCUUAUCCACUUCAUAAGUAUGGGAUUUGAUUGAAAAUUAGACGAAAUGACGUCAAUCCAUGGUGACAGUGUGUUUAUGUGCCGUUGAACAUUGUAUCACUUAGCUAUUAGCAAUUUCCUAUAGUAAUUUAGACUUGACUGUAUUUCAGUUAAAUGUAGUAAAAUAAGAAAAUGUAAGUGACAUUUUUAUCAAAAAAAUUAAAAAAAAAUAUGCUUAAAGACUUAUCAUGGUAUACAAAUGUAUCGCACUGUUGUUUCAUUUCCGAGGAACCGCCAUGUCAUAGACAAUUCAAAAUGCUAUACUAUACAGUCACUACAACCAUUAAAAGUCAAAGAAAAAUGUUUUCAUCUUCACACGUUAAAUGUUACGCAUUCUGGAAUAUGAAUAGUCUGAGUACCAUGCAGUGGAAUAAAAAAAUUGAAAUAGU